ACCGCUUACUCAUUAUGGCACAAGUUAUCGUCGUCGGUGGUGGUCUCGCGGGCCUCUCGGCCGCACAUACUCUUCUCGAGCGCGGUGCGAACGUGCUCCUGCUCGACAAGCAGCCGAGGGACGGAGAGCAGUUAGGAUGCGCUCACUUUUGUCGUAAGAUGCGGCGGCGGUUGUUCGUACAUUGGUUCUCGAUCUUCAGCCGAUCUGUGCAGGCACCCAAUGGCGCGAGAUUCAUGGGCGGUAACUCGACCAAGGCUACAUCUGGUAUCAACGGUGCGGGCACACAGGCGCAGCAGGAUUUGGGCAUCCACGACAGCCCAAAAAUUUUCUUCGAUGACACCAAGAGCUCCGCUCGUGAACUCGCGCGGGACGACCUCAUCACAGUGCUCACGGGGCGCUCUGCUGAUGCUGUAACCUGGCUGUCGAACAAGUUUGGUCUGGACCUCACAAAGGUCGCCCGUCUUGGUGGUCAUUCGCAGCCGCGCACACAUCGAGGAGGUGCACAGUUCCCCGGCAUGGUCAUGACAUACGCACAGAUGGAGCGGCUAGAGGAUCUUGCACAGUCCAUUCCAGAGCGUGUGCAGAUCAAGAAGAAAUCACGUGUGACGAAACUGAUCAAGGACGGCGAGUCCGUCAUUGGGGUCGAGUAUACGCACAAUGGCAAGACUGAGACUGCGUACGGUCCCGUUAUCCUCGCUACCGGUGGUUACGCAGCCGAUUUCACGAGUACCUCGCUUAUCAAGAAGUACCGUCCCGAGCUCUACAAUCUGCCCACGACCAACGGCGAGCAUUGCACGGGUGACGGACAGAAGAUGGCGCUCGCGAUCGGUGCGAGUGCGAUUGAUCUCGAGAAGGUCCAGGUGCACCCGACUGGUCUGGUUGACCCUAAUGAUCCCGACGCGAAGGUCAAGUUCUUGGCUGCAGAGGCAUUGCGUGGCGUCGGUGGUUUGUUAUUGGACAAUGAAGGUCACCGGUUCGUUGAUGAGCUGCAGCACCGUGACUUCGUCACUGGCAAGAUGUGGGAGAACGGAAAGUAUCCCAUUCGCCUUGUCCUCAACGGCCCCGCGUCCAAGGAGAUCGAGUGGCACAUCAAGCACUACGUUGGCCGUGGGCUGAUGAAGCGCUACGAGAGCGGUGAGGCGCUCGCGAAGGACAUGGGUCUCAAGCCCGAAGCCCUCAAGAAGACGUUCGACGACUACAACAACAUCGUCAAGGCGAAGAAGGAUCCUUUCGGCAAGAAGUUCUUCGCGCCUGGCGAGUGGAAGUUGAAUGACGUGUUCAAUGUCGCGAUCAUGACGCCUGUGCUGCACUACACGAUGGGCGGUCUCGAGAUCGACGCCGAGUCGCGUGUGGUGUCCAAGGAGGGCAAGCCUAUCCCGGGAUUGUUCGCUGCGGGUGAGGUUGCUGGUGGUGUGCACGGUGCCAACCGACUUGGAGGUAGUUCGCUGCUGGGCUGUGUUGUCUUCGGCCGUGUUAGCGGCGACUCAGCAGCAUCGUACCUGCUGCAGAAGCUUGGCCCGUUGGCGGAGAAGGCUGCUGGGCGGUUGGGUGCUGUUGCAGGCCAUUUAGGCGCGGAGUCGAGUCCUAAGGCAUGUGGUAGUAUUCCAUCGUGCACUUACAAUCCUGCGGCUGCUGAGGAGAAGACCUCGACUGAGGAGAAGACCCCGGCUGCGGGGGCGAAGAGUUCAGGCCCGACGAAGGCAUUCACCGCCGAGGAGGUCGCGAAGCACAAAUCGAAGGACGACGUGUGGGUGAUCAUCGAUGGGAAGGUGCUCGAUGUGACGAGCUUCCUGCCCGACCAUCCCGGAGGCGAGAAGGCGAUUCUGCUGUACGCCGGGCGCGAUGCGACGGAGGAGUUCAACAUGCUGCACGACCCUAAGGUCAUUCCGAGAUACGCGCCUGACUCGGUCAUUGGCGUGCUCAAGAAGUAAAUGGGUUGUGGCUAUGUGGGCAUGUGUCCUGUAGUGGGAUUCUAGGGUCCUAGGUGGCUGCGGAAAACUUGGCUGCCACCGCUGCUUCGCUCAGCACUUACAUUGUUUCUGCCGCAUAUCAUUUGUUGUAUGUUGCAUGUCUUGCACGGAAUGUAAUUUAGCCUCAAAAUCUCUCUUGGUCUUGGGUUGACGUUCUCUUCAAAUGCAGACGAUACUAUUAGGAGGACAGCUCUCGCUUGCUCUUCGUUGCUUCGCAUGUAGCUGUGCUGUAUAGUUGAAACGUCGACCACUGGACAUUUUGUGGCUGUGAUGGCCAAUGCGCGCAAAUCUGGAUACGGUAUGUAAGCGCUCGGUGGACCAACGUAGCUGCAGCUUGUCGGGGUUCAACUUGUCAUUGUUCGUCCAUGCAUAAUUUGGUUGCAUGAUGCGAUUUUCGGAAUCAAUGGAG